AUGUUUUUCUCGGGGUCUCUUCAGGAGGGCAUUGCCCUAGCCGUUCAGGAGUCCAAGGCUGUCAUCUGCUUUGUGCAAGAUGACGGCCAAACAAGCUCAACAUGGCAGGAGGAGUAUUUUGCAGGCGACGAGGAGUUCACGCGCCUUCUUGAAGCGCGGUCUGUUCUACUCCGCAUCACCAAAGAGAGCCCAGAAGCUGGAUUUCUGGCCUCUGUCUGUCCCGUUUCGCAAUACCCGACGGUAGUUGCUAUUAAGAAUGGAAUGCUGCGGGAAUACAUCGUUCCAGAUGUCCAAAUAGACGAGUUUCGCAUUCGUCUUACUGCGGUUAUGGAGGAUAGAAAUCUUCAGACUCAGGUAGCGGGGCAAUCCACAGACCAGCCGUCAUAUUCACAGAACCAAGGAGCGGACGCUUCCCCCCCACGGCCUCCGCAGGCUGCGAAUCAGACUGCGACUUCGGCUACGACAAUCCCGCCUACAGCUCAGACGUCAUCUAGUCAGGAACAGCCUAGUCAUGGCACCGCGAGGGGUCGUGAAGAUGAGAAGAAUACAGCGGAUAAGGGCCCAGCAGAAAGCUCUCGGCGUACUGCAGUACAUCCUCCUCGAAAACAACCAGAGCAUAGGGCAAUUCAGUUCGCCAACAAGCCGAAGGAGUCCUUGAAAAAUGUUACUAAGAGAGAAACGCCGGCUUCGCGGGCGCCCGGGGCAGAGAAACCUGCGCAACAGUCACCCUCCAAACCAGCGCCUACACCACAAGAGUACCGUCUUCAGGUCCGGUUAUUCGACGGACGAUCUGUCCGCUCAACCUUCUCGCCCUCACAUACUAUCCGAAAAGAUGUCCGUCCUUGGCUCGACAGCCAGAUGGAAGAGAGAAAGCCCUAUAAUCUAAAACACAUUCUUACCCCCCUACCAAAUCAAACACUCACCAUCGCCGAAGAAGACCAAACUCUCCGCGAGAUUAUAACUGGGUCCACAGCAACAUUCGUCAUGGUACCCAUCAAGUCAUAUAUUGAAGCAUAUUCGGAAUCAGGCUCAUUACCUGUCCGCGCAGUAUCCUCCGUCUACGGCAUUGUCUCUUCCGUUGUUGGCACUGCAACCGGUUAUUUUGGGUCCCUGCUUGGGUACGGUCAGAAUCAGGCUGCGCAGCCUCGGCCGGAACCCGCUCAUACUUCCGGGUCACAGUCAACGGGUGAGACCCCAAGGCGGCGACCAUUUGGGCCGAAUAUCCGGACCCUAAGAGAUCAAAUGGAAGGGCAGGACAGGAGCGAAUUCUAUAACGGAAAUCAGCUGAAUUUUGAGCCCAGAGGGGAUGAUGAGCGAUGA